UGAACGUGUCCAGGGUAAACAUCCAACUAGUGAAUGUGUCCAGGGUAAAUAUCCAACUAGUGAACGUGUCCAGGAUUAAUAUCCAACUAGUGAACGUGUCCAGGGUAAACAUCCAACUAGUGAAUGUGUCCAGGGUAAAUAUCCAACUAGUGAACGUGUCCAGUAUUAAUAUCCAACUAGUGAACGUGUCCAGGGUAAAUAUCCAACUAGUGAAUGUGUCCAGUAUUAAUAUCCAACUAGUGAACGUGUCCAGGGUAAAUAUCCAACUAGUGAAUGUGUCCAGGAUUAAUAUCCAACUAGUGAACGUGUCCAGGGUUAAAAUCCAACUAGUGAACGUGUCCAGGGUUAAUAUCCAACUAGUGAACGUGUCCAGGGUUAAUAUUCAACUAGUGAACGUGUACAGGAUUAAUAUCCAACUAGUGAACGUGUCCAGGAAUAAUAUUCAACUAGUGAACGUGUCCAGGAAUAAUAUCCAACUAGUGAACGUGUCCAGGGUAAACAUCCAACUAGUGAAUGUGUCCAGUAUUAAUAUCCAACUAGUGAACGUGUCCAGUAUUAAUAUCCAACUAGUGAACGUGUCCAGGGUAAAUAUCCAACUAGUGAACGUGUCCAGGGUUAAUAUCCAACUAGUGAACGUGUCCAGGAUUAAUAUCCAACUAGUGAACGUGUCCAGGAUUAAUAUCCAACUAGUGAACGUGUCCAGGGUAAACAUCCAACUAGUGAAUGUGUCCAGGGUAAAUAUCCAACUAGUGAACGUGUCCAGUAUUAAUAUCCAACUAGUGAACGUGUCCAGGGUAAAUAUCCAACUAGUGAAUGUGUCCAGUAUUAAUAUCCAACUUGUGAACGUGUCCAGGGUAAAUAUCCAACUAGUGAAUGUGUCCAGGGUAAAUAUCCAACUACUGAACGUGUCCAGUAUUAACAUCCAACUAGUGAACGUGUCCAGGGUAAAUAUCCAACUAGUGAACGUGUCCAGUAUUAACAUCCAACUAGUGAAUGUGUCCAGGGUAAAUAUCCAACUAGUGAACGUGUCCAGUAUUAACAUCCAACUAGUGAACGUGUCCAGUAUUAAUAUCCAACUAGUGAACGUGUCCAGGGUUAAUAUUCGACUAGUGAACGUGUCCAGGAUUAAUAUCCAACUAGUGAACGUGUCCAGGGUUAACAUCCAACUAGUGAACGUGUCCAGGGUUAAUAUCCAACUAGUCAACGUGUCCAGUGUUAAUAUCCAACUAGUGAACGUGUCCAGUGUUAAUAUCCAACUAGUGAACGUGUCCAGGGUUAAUAUCCAACUAGUGAACGUGUCCAGGAUUAAUGUCCAACUAGUGAACGUGUCCAGGAUUAAUGUCCAACUAGUGAACGUGUCCAGGGUUAAUAUCCAACUAGUGAACGUGUCCAGGGUUAAUAUCCAACUAGUGAACGUUUUAGUGCAAAGUAAAAUCAAACGACCCUUAGUUCUGGGCAUUAGUUCUUGUAAAGAGUCAGCAAUUAACGGGCAUUAG